AUGGCCGCGCGCCCCGGCCCGCUCUGGCUCCUGGGCCUGGCGCUGUGCGCGCUGGGCGGCUAUGGCCCCGGCCCGCGCCCCCCGCCCGGCUGUCCCCAGCGUCGUCUGGGCGCGCGCGAGCGCCGCGACAUGCAGCGCGAGAUCCUGGCGGUGUUCGGGCUGCCCGGGCGGCCCCGGCCCCGCGCGCCGCCCGCCGCCGCCCGCCUGCCCGCGUCCGCGCCGCUCUUCAUGCUGGACCUCUACCACGCCAUGGCCGGCGACGACGACGAGGACGGCGGGGCCCCGGAGGGGCGCCUGGCCCGCGCAGACUUGGUCAUGAGCUUCGUCAACAUGGUGGAGCGAGACCGAGCCCUGGGCCACCAGGAGCCCCACUGGAAGGAGUUCCGCUUUGACCUGACCCAGAUCCCGGUGAGGGAGGCGGUCACAGCCGCGGAGUUCCGCAUUUACAAGGUGCCGAGCACCCGCCCACUCAACAGGACCCUCCACGUCAGCAUGUUUGAGGUGGUCCAGGAGCAAUCCAACAGGGAGUCUGACUUGUUCUUUUUGGAUCUUCAGACGCUCCGAGCUGGGGACGAGGGCUGGCUGGUGCUGGAUGUCACAGCAGCCAGUGACCGCUGGCUGUUGCACCGUAACAAGGACCUGGGACUCCGCCUCUAUGUGGAAACUGAGGAUGGGCACAGCGUGGAUCCUGGCCUGGCCGGUCUGCUGGGGCGACGGGCCCCGCGCGCCAGACAGCCUUUCGUGGUCACUUUCUUCAGAGCCAGCGCGAGCUCCGUCCGCGCCCCUCGGGCAGUGAGGCCACUGAAGAGGAGGCAGCCGAAAAGAACCAACGAGCUGCCGCACCCCAACAGACUCCCGGGGAUCUUCGAUGACGUCCAUGGCUCCAGCGGCCGGCAGGUUUGCCGUCGGCACGAGCUCUACGUCAGCUUCCAGGACCUCGGCUGGCUGGACUGGGUCAUCGCCCCCCAAGGCUACUCGGCCUAUUACUGCGAGGGGGAGUGCUCCUUCCCACUGGACUCCUGCAUGAACGCCACCAACCACGCCAUCCUGCAGUCCCUGGUGCACCUGAUGAAGCCAGACGCAGUCCCCAAGGCGUGCUGCGCACCCACCAAGCUGAGCGCCACCUCCGUGCUCUACUAUGACAGCAGCAACAACGUCAUCCUGCGCAAGCACCGCAACAUGGUGGUCAAGGCCUGCGGCUGCCACUGAGGCCCUGCCCACCCGGCCCCUUCCCACCAGGGCACAGCCCAAGGUGGAACCACCCGUGUGCCCAAGGAUGUGCUUCUCUGGAGUUCACACGCUGCACCCCGAGGAGGAGCCUCGGAGGGCAGGUCUGGCAGCAGGGGUGGAGGCUGGGGCCACGCCGCGGGACAGCAGCCCCUCCUCCUGGACCAGGGAGGGCCUCCGUGUGCGAGUGCAGAGGAAGACCCCCUCCCAUGUACACGAGGGCAGGCCUGGCUGUCUGGAAGGUGGUGAGCUCCCCAUUAGCCUAGGGCUUCGAGCGCAGGCUGGCAGGGAUUGGACAAGGCACUGGCCUGAGUGUCAGGAGACCAAUAUUCUGGUUCCAGCCCAGCCACUGUCUUGGUGUCAGAACAAGUCCCCUUUCUUAUUCACUCUUCAGCUUCCCAUCUGUGUCUUGAGGACACAGGACUCUUUCAUUCCAAAGGCCCUGCCAGCCAGAGAAUCUGUGCUGCCCAGACCCUCUCCCCUCUCCCCAGGCCUGAGCGCCCCAGUGGCACCGGCCAUGGAGCCCACCUACCAUUUCAGGACCCAAUGUAACCGCUCUCUCCUCCCAACAUCAGGGGCAGUGAGGGU